GGCGGCGCUGGGGGCAUGGCGGGCGCGCUGGCGGAGGUGCUGGGCGAGGUGCUGGUGGCCCCGGACGGGGAGGAGGUGGCGGUAGCGGCGCUGGCCGCCCGCGGGGUCUCGCUGGUCGGGCUCUACUUCGGCUGCAGCCUGAGCGGCCCCUGCGCGCAGGUCGGCGCCAGCCUGGCCGCCUUCUACGGGCGCUUCAGGGGGGAGACGGCGGCCGGGGCCGGGGCUGGGGCCGGGGCGCAGCGGCUCGAGAUCGUCUUCGUGUCGGCGGAGCAGGAGCAGCAGCAGUGGCAGGAGGCCGUGCGGGCCAUGCCCUGGCUGGCGCUGCCCUUCGCCGACAAGCGCCGCAAGCUAAAACUAUGGAACAAAUACAGAGUCUCCAACAUUCCAUCGCUGAUAUUUAUAGAUGCUUCCACGGGGAAGGUUGUGUGCAGAAACGGCUUGCUGGUGAUCCGGGAUGACCCAGAAGGGCUGGAGUUCCCCUGGGGACCAAAACCCUUCAGUGAAGUUGUUGCAGGGCCUCUGCUCAGAAACAAGGGCCAGUCGCUGGACAGCACCGCUCUGGAGGGCUCUCACGUGGGGGUCUAUUUCUCUGCGCACUGGUGCCCCCCCUGCCGAAGCCUCACGAGGGUCUUGGUGGAGUCCUACCGGAAAAUCAAGGAGGCGGGGCAGAAAUUUGAGAUUGUCUUCGUUAGCGCAGACAGGUCAGAGGACUCUUUCAAGCAGUAUUUCAGCGAGAUGCCCUGGCUGGCUGUGCCAUACGCUGACGAAGCCAGAAGAUCGCGUCUCAACCGGCUCUACGGCAUCCAAGGCAUCCCCACGCUUAUCGUCCUGGACGCCAAGGGAGACGUGAUCACGCGGCAGGGGCGAGUGGAAGUGCUGAAUGACACUGAAUGCCGAGAGUUCCCCUGGCAUCCCAAGCCUGUGCUGGAGCUGACAGACUCCAAUGCCGUCCAGCUGAAUGAGGGCCCGUGCCUCGUUCUCUUUGUAGAUUCAGAGGAUGACGGGGAGUCGGAGGCAGCUAAACAACUGAUUCAGCCGAUAGCAGAAAAAAUCAUUGCCAAGUACAAAGCCAAAGACGAGGAGGCGCCACUGCUGUUCUUUGUGGCAGGAGAGGAUGACAUGACUGACUCCCUGCGGGAUUACACCAACCUGCCCGAAGCAGCGCCCCUGCUCACCAUCCUGGACAUGUCAGCCAGAGCCAAGUACGUGAUGGACGUCGAGGAAAUCACUCCUGAGAUUGUGGAAGCCUUUGUGAGCGACUUUCUAGCGGACAAGCUAAAACCUGAACCCAUCUGAGGGGCUUUCAGCACCGACAGACGUUAUUUAAAACUAGGUCUCUUCCUCCGCUAGCAGAGUGCUCAGCGUGUUCUCUCGCACGACCCAGUACCCAGCCUUCCUGUGGUGCCUUGUUUUACGCAAUGAAUCCUCCUCCUAAGCAGGCUCCUGGAGAUGCACUUUCAGCAGGGAGUCGCUGGCAUUUGGAGACUUUGCUUGUGCUUCAUGGUGAUAUAUUCUCUAAUAACCAGGCCAGGACUGUUACCGUAUCGUUAUUUUAUACACGGCACUAGCUAGCAGGCAAACGUUUGCAUGGUGUUCUUGCCAACUUAAGCAUCAGGCAGUGGACUGGGGUUCUCGGGGCUCUUAUAUUACACUCCUCUUCACCCUUCUCUCCUCUGCCCACCCCUUCCCAGACAGACAGUGCCAAUGAAGCAAUAAGAGAAUUCUCCUUUGCCACCCAACCUCCUUUCCCUCGUCAGUCUCAGUGAGCCCACAGUGCCAAGUCGAAGUGUAACUGCUGAAAAGCUCAAUGCGGAUUGGUCAUGAUGCAGCAAAGGUCUUCCUCCUAGUUCAAGAACUCCUGUUUCUAGGUUGUAUUUACCCUCCCGCCACCUCCACACCAAACACACAGCAGCCUUAGUUAAGUGUCAGUCAUAUGCAUUUGGGGGAAAUCCCACGUAUCCCCCAGACACCCCCCAACCCCGAGCGAAAAGGAGAAACAAUGCAGGGCUGCCCUGAUCCUCCUCUGCUCUUCUGACAUUUUCUCAUUCUCUCUUGCCCUUUUCUGUCCUCUCCCCUGCUCCUUGGUAUGAAAUGUCCUCCCCCUACAUUAGUUGAUUAAGAUGUUCCUUGUAGCUGUUUCCCAAGCCCAGCCUUGAUGGUGCUGUUCUAAACACAACCCCAAGCAGCUCAGCUGAGCCCCCAGAAAAUUGAGGUUGUAAAAACUGUACAUGGUGAUUGGAACUUUGUAAUAAAAUGGUUACAGUCACCGGGUUCCUGGAGGUGCAGAUUCCUCACAACAAAGCCAUCGUUAUGUCUGGGGUGAGGGUUUGGAGAUGGGCCCGGCGGGAGGCAGGGCUGAGGGAGAAACAUGUCUGG